UGCCUGGGCACUGGGGCCUCCCCUCAGGAAUGCUUGGGUGCUGUGGUUCAAUAGACAACAAACCCUGGAGAUCAGAGGAAUUUUGAAAGGGGGACCCCAGAGUCUAAAGGAUGGAGUGGGGAGGGGGCAUUCAGAGAGCAGGUCCCCUGAAGAGACUGAACAGGGGCUUUUCCACCCAGUCGCUCCAAAUCACCUGUCUGGUUUGUUUUGGGGCUCCGCAGAUCUGCCUUUUGGGGGGCUCUGAGGUGAGGUGCCAGGAUGGACACGAGAGAGCAGCUGCUGCAUAUCCUGGAUGAUCUGUCCAAGGAGGAGUUUGAGAAGUUCAAGUUUUACCUGUCCCAUGUGGGCACGGCUCCCCACAUAGGCCGUGGGAAGCUGGACGGCACCUCCCCCACCCAGGUGGCUGAGCUGCUGAUGCAGAGGUACCCCCAGGAAGCGCUAGACAUCAUCCACCAGGUGCUGCACAAGAUCCCAAGGCUGGACCUGGUCCAGGGCAGCCAGCUCCAGACAGGAGGAGAAACUGGGAACAGCGGCAACGAUGCAAAUCACAGUGAGGCUGCAAAUAGCGGCGCCGGGGCAAGGGAGCCACAGGCCCACGGGAAGCAGAGUCUGGUUUCAGAGCAGCAGCUGAUGAAGCUGGCAGGGAAAAUGGGCAAGACCUGGAGGCAGAUCGGCAUCGAGUUCCUGGGCCUGGAGAAUCACGUUCUGGAGCAGAUUGAGGAGAACAAUCCUGGCGACACCAAACAGCGAGCUUUCAGUAUGCUCUUGGAGUGGAGGAAACGAGCGAAGCAGGACGCCACUGCCAUCAACCUUUGCUCCAUUCUCUCCCAGGGCGAGGGGGCCCUCCAGCCUGAGGCCCUCGACUGCCUCCGGGGCACAGGCAGGGCCUAAGGAGAUCUGGGGGGCUUAGUCCAGGGCAGUGGGUCUCAACCAAGGGUCUGUGAGCACGGCCAUUGUUAACCACUCUGUGGCCCAGGGCAGGAAGCUGAAGACCUGCUGUGCAGGGCUGAAGCCAAAGCCUGAGCAACAUAGGUUGGCGUGGGACCCCAGGAAGUUCCCCUGCUUGCUAGCCUCUAACGCUAGCCUUGGCUUGUAUAUGCAGAAAAAUAGUUGUUGUGGAACUGGUGGGCCAAAGAGUUUUUAUAGCAUUGGGUGGGGUGGGGGGAAUGGUGCUCAGCAAGAAAAAAGUUGCGAACCCCGGGUCCAGGGGAUGGAGUGGCCUUGUGAUCAAAGGACUAGCACAGUACUGUGGGGACCUUGAUUCAAUUGCCAGUGGUGCUUUAGUUUUGGGGUGUCUGAUUUGAGACUCCCCCACCCCUGGGGCCUGACUUGCAGAGAAGCCGAGCACCCACUGCUCCCGUUGAUCUUGGCUGGAGUGGAGGGUGCUCGGAAACCAGGCCAUGGGUGGCAGCCAGGAAUCAGUAGCCACUUUGGAAAAUACUGGCCUCCAUCCAGUGCCUCAGUUUACCUACAUGUGCAAUGGGGAAAACAUGGCCAGAUUCUCCAAAGAGCUCAGUGUCCAGCAGCUCCCAUUACUUGCAUGGGGAAGUGGGGGGAGGAGAAGAGUUGCUCAGGGGGCUGGAUGUACUUCUUUUAAAGCCACUUUCACUGCCAGCAGCCUCAAGUGCCACCAGCUCAGGCCCCAGAUAUGUAUCUGGCUGCUGCUCUCAUCCAGCCUAUCACCACUUGCUAGCUGGGGUGGGUCAGUCCAAGCAGGGGCCCCAGGACAGCCCCAGGGAAUGGAUUGGGGCAGGAGGAGACACCUGUGAUCUGGGGGAGCUAUAAAGUGGGAGACCCUGUGGAGGCUGAGCUGGGCUCUUCCCCACUUACAGGAACAUCACUCCACGAAGAACCUGGGGAUCUUCUCUUCCUGGGGGAUCCACUCCCCCAAUCUCUCCUUGGAGUCUCCUCUAGGCAGCUCUUUUUUUAAAGACUCUUUUUACCCAGAAGCACAACUGAAGCCUUUUUGUACUUGCAAAGAAAUAAACGUCCUCAAAGCCAGCAUGGCUCAGGCCCUGCUUCUCACUGAUUAUCACCACAGUACGACCCCAUGUGGCUGGAUUUCAUCCCAGCCCCGGUGCAGAGCCCUGCAAGAGGGGCAGGAAGCUGCCUUGCUCUGGGGCUACUUGUCUCCAGUACUGGCCAGGGCAGACUAAUAAUAGCUAGAGCCCUGCAGUGGGACUGGGAUCCUGCAGGACCCACUGUCAGCACAGCAGGAGCAGGGAAAAUGUACUUUGUUGCGGACAGAAUUGGGUGGCAAAAAAAACAGACUGUGGUAAUUUGCGGGAAAACAAAAUGCAAGUUUAGCUGCACCUGCUGUUUAAAUUGACCUUCUUAUCAGUCACUUA